CUUAUCAACUUAUCACUUAUCUGUUGUUCGUUUUGUGUUUUUUUAAUCAUUAAUCAUUAAUCAUUAAUUUUGUGUUUUUUUAAUUAUACUUACAAUUUUGCUUAUUGCCUCUUAUGCCUCAUUUUUUCCAUCAACGCGUUUCAAAAGUCCACAAAUUACAGUUUGAGAAACACUGACCACUGACGUAUAUACAAAAACAGUAUCAAAUAGAUAGCAUAAAAUAGCAUUCGAUAACAAUGUUUAGAAGUACAAUUACUACUGACUGUAUUUAAAAUACAAGUAUUACUGACUGUAUACAGUUUUACUAUGAUAAUAAAGAAUUGUGUGAUUUUUUAGAAAAGUCGUCUUGUUCGAUUAUAAAUAGACAUAACCUUCGUAAAUGUCACAAAGGAAUCUAUUAGUUAUUGUUUAUGUACGAUGGAACAUUCGAACAAUGAACGACUUGACAAUUCUUCUUCACUGUUAAACAAGGAUUUUUUACAAAUUUCGUGCAAUUGGCAGAUCAAUAAUAAACUGUUUCACGAUGCCUUCACCAUAGCAGCCUCGUCUCAAAAACUUGAGAAGAUUAAUAUCGAUGAUAUAGUUUCCUUGGAUACAUGUAUAUUAUUGCAACCAGUUGAAUCCAAAGAACCAUGCAUGCUGGAUAUAAAACUGACUAACCAUCAAAGGAUAUCUCAUAUUGCUGUAGUGUCAGAGGCCUAUGUGUUAGAGUUUUUCAAAGAAUUUGGUGAAUAUGAAAAAACAGUAUUUGCAGAAUUCGAGGAUGAAUUUGAGGAUAGCUUUGUUUACAUCGCGGAAACUGCAAUUAUUCCAUCUGCUACAGAAGCUAGCAUUAAGUUUACAAAAAUAAAGAGCAAAACUUUAGGUAUGUGGGUAUAUGGUAUAAAGCUCUACUUAACAGAGCCUGAUAACGAUUCUACGAGUUUUCCGACUGAUAUUUUUAAUCCUGAAAUAAUUAAAAAUUUCCUUACUAAGCUAAAUUUUAAUACAAAAGAAAAUGAUGCUUCCAUUGAUGUUCAAUCGUGUUAUAAGAAUAUCUUGAAUUCAUCGAAAAAUAGAAGUAUCGAAGAAAGUACUGAAAAAGAGGCGGCGCUCGGUACCAGUACUAAGAACGAGACUGUAUCGGAUAUUACGCAACUUAAGACUUAUAUUGAUAAUAAAUUCCAUGAUAUGGAAAUAAAAGUGAUGAAAAGCAUCGAUGAGAUGGAGCAAAGGACCAACCAAAAACUGGAUACCAUUUUACAAAAAUUAGAAUCACAAUUUAAUGCCAAGUGA